UUUUGGGAAUGGAUAUUUACAGUCUCACACUUUUCAUUAAUUACAAAAUUAUCAACGACAAUAACCAUGACAGCGAGGAUAGCUUACUGCUCGGAUAUGGAAAAAUCCGUUUUAGCGAACAAUUUCGAAAAAAGAGGCUGGAUACAAGUAAACCCCGACGAUGAAUGGAACUUUUACUGGGCUGGAGCACAAACGUGUAGAUCUCUUUUCAGCGUGGACAGUGGUUAUCGUAUGAAUGACAAUCAGAUGAUUAACCAUUUCCCAACGCACUACGAACUGACUCGUAAGGAUCUGAUGGUGAAGAAUGUCAAAAGAUACCGGAGGGAGCUUGAGAGAGAAGGUUCGCCAUUGGCUGCCAGAGAUCAGACAGGUCGAUAUAUUCACCUGGACUUUCUCCCCACGACUUUUAUGCUGCCAGCAGAUUACAAUCUUUUCGUCGAGGAAUUUCGAAGGAACCCAAACACUACGUGGAUCUUAAAACCUGCCAGUCGGUCUCAGGGAGUAGGGAUCUUCUUGGUGAACAAAUUGGCACAAAUCAAGAAGUGGUCACGUGACACAAAAAGCUCCUUCAACCCAGCGUUGGUCAAGGAUACUUACGUCAUCUCUCGUUAUAUCGAAAAUCCUCUGCUCAUCGGAGGGAAGAAAUUCGACCUGAGAAUGUAUGUGUUAGUAACUUCUUACAGGCCUUUAAAAGCCUACAUGUUUAAGCUGGGUUUCUGCCGAUUCUGCACUGUGCGUUACGACACUUCAGGACAGGAACUCGACAACAUGUUUGUCCAUCUUACCAACGUCUCCAUUCAAAAGCACGGAGAGGAGUACAACAGCGUACACGGAGGAAAAUGGCCGGUCAGAACACUUCGUCUGUACCUCGAGAGCACAAGAGGAAAAGCCAGGACGGACAAACUCUUCUCAGACGUGACCUGGUUGGUGGUUCAUUCCCUAAGGGCCGUUGCCCCAAUCAUGGCCUCCGACAGACACUGCUUCGAGUGCUACGGAUAUGAUAUCAUCAUUGACGACCAGCUCAAGCCCUGGAUGAUCGAGGUCAAUGCCUCACCAUCUUUGACAUCAACGACUGCCAAUGACAGGAUUCUGAAGUAUAAAUUAGUGGACGACAUCAUUAAUAUAGUUUUACCUCCAGAUGGCGUACCAAACGUGCACUGGAACAAGAUACCAAGCCCCGAAAAACACGGCGACUUCGAACUACUGAUCGAUGAAGAGCUGUACCAGAACAGCGACUCGUCCUCCCAGAAGGGCCGCCACUCCGACAGGCAUUCGGCGCCCCGAUGGAAAUAGCAGGGGGCCAAGAAGUGUGCGCGCCCCACGUCCACACUUCUGAAGGCACCAGAAAACCCGCAGUCAUCCAGUUCGUCGAAAAAAGAUCCCAAGUCGCCCCGACAGGUUCCCAGGUCGCAGAUGGAGCUAGAGUUCGGCGAGGAGCCGAACCAGAACUCUCCCGGGACAUCCGGGUAUAAUGAUAGGUACAGAAAGUGAAGUUUUUGUUCCCAAGAGACUCACUCACUCACUCACUCAUUUACUCUCUUGGCGUAUCAGGCCUCAUUGUGGCCCAGUGCUGCUCCAAUCAGACUCUUAGGGUCCGUUAUAAUUUUCACUAAUGGUUUCAUUACCGAUGGAUUUUGGUCGUUUUAGGGGUCACCCACUCGCAUACUGACCAUAGCUAGUGUUCAGUCAGCAGAGGAAGGGAAAAUUCCACAAAGCAAAAAACAGGGAAAGUUAUAACUUGAAUCUCGAAAGAUAGAAAUAUAAAUGAAUAAAAGACGGCGACGUGGCAAAUUCAUGAAGAGUUUUCGUAACACAUCUUAAGAAAUUAUAACGUGUACGUAAUAACCGUAAGAGACAGAUAUCACAAAGAACUUUUAGGAUCCAAAAAGAAAUCCAAGCAUAGAAAAAACCUAAUCCAAAUGAAAAACAAACUUCAUACUUUUUAACCAACAGCUUUUCCCCAUUUGACACCAGAAAAAAUAGUCACUUAUUAACAAAGAAGUUAAUUAGUUAUUUUUUUUAUAAUAGCACCGAAAUAGUUUCAAUUAACAAUAGUCACGCAUUAACAAGCAAGUUAUCUCAUUAAUUUAUCAUUAAUAUAGACAUCGAAAUCAUUUUUAUUUUCCUUAGAGCUUCCAGGUACAGUCCCUAAUAUAGCCGUAUAGCAUUAGUUUUGGUCUUGCAGCUUCGAAGUCUAGAUAAUUAAUUAGUUACACUGAAAUCCCGAUUCAAUCUCUCGUCAAACUAGUUAAAUUAAAAAAAAACAGCCUAUUUUACUUCCAUUUUUGCAAGUCUCAUGAAAACUAGUCUUUCUCGAAAGAUAGUCAAGAAGUAGCAAGCCGGUCAUAAAAUUCGUAGGUCAAAAUAUUUCUAGGCUCAGAGGAUGUAGUUUUCCUCCGAAAUAUCUUGCUUUUACUCAGAC